AUGUCAGAGGCAGAGGGUCCGAUGCUUGGGCUAGAGGACUCUACCGCCUACCGGAGUCUUGCUCGCACGCUCCAGUACCUCACCUUCACACGGCCUGACAUCACCUACGCCGUGCAGCAACUAUGCCUCUACAUGCAUGCUCUGCAGGAGCCCCACCUUGCUGCUAUGAAGAGGCUCCUCCGGUACCUCUAUGGCACUCUCGGCUACGAGCUGCUCCUCGAUCGGUCCUCCUCUACCGAGCUGGUUGUCUACACCGACGCUUAUUGGGCGGGCUGCCCGGACACCCGCAGGUCCACCUCCGGCUACGCUGUCUUCUUGGGCGGCAACCUUAUCUCGUGGUCGUCCAAGAGACAACCGGUGGUCUCAUGCUCCAGUGCCGAGGCGAAGUACCGCGCCGUUGCCAAUGGUGUGGCCGAGGCCGCUUGGCUCCGCCAGCUCCUGGCUGAGCUUCACCGCCCCCUCGCCAGGAGCUCGCUUGUCUACUGCGACAACGUUAGCGCCGUCUAUCUCUCCACCAACCCUGUGCAGCACCAGCGGACCAAGCAUGUGGAGAUCGACCUGCACUUCGUCCGCGACCAUGUGGCCAUCGGCGACGUCCGGGUCCUCCACGUCCCGACCACCUCACAGUUUGCGGACAUCUUCACCAAGGGCCUCCCUUCCUCGACUUCCGCCGAGUUUCGCUCCAGCCUCAACGUCACCGGUGGCUAG